CGGCUGGCGGUGGGGGUCGCGCCCCGCGGGCGGGUGGCAGCAUGGAGGGCGCGGUGUCGGACGUGGCCGUGUGUAACCUGGCGUUCGCGGGGCGCCUGGAGGAGCUGCGGGCGCUGCUGCUCCGCGACAGGGCCCAGGCCACGCGCUCCGACCAGGAUCACCGCACGGCGCUGCACUGGGCCUGCUCGGCGGGACACACGGACGUCGCGGACCUCCUGCUCGGGCUCGGCGUGCCUGUGAACGACAAGGACGAUGCUGGUUGGACUCCCCUGCACAUUGCUGCUUCAGCAGGCCGUGAUGAAAUUGUGAAAGCCCUCAUUGCUAAGGGUGCUCAUGUAAAUGCUGUCAAUCAGAAUGGCUGCACCCCCCUGCAUUAUGCAGCCUCCAAAAAUAAGCAGGAGAUUGCAGUCAUGCUUUUGGAGAAUGGAGCAAAUCCAGAUGCAACAGAUCAUUUUGAAUCCACCCCGUUACACAGAGCGGCAGCCAAAGGAAACCUAAAAAUGGUCCAGAUCCUUGUGCAGCACAAUGCCACUCUGGAUAUACGGGACUCUGAAGGGAAUACUCCUCUGAGAGCAGCAGGAGGAAUGUUCUUGAGUUGCUUAAUGAUGACAGAGGGACUGGACAGCAAGCUUUGGAAUCUGUCUAGUCAUUUAGCCUGCGAUGAAGAGAGAGUGGAGGAGGCAAAGCUGCUGGUGUCUCAUGGUGCAAGUAUUCACAUUGAGAAUAAAGAAGAGCUGACCCCUCUGAAAGUGGCAAAGGGUGGCCUGGGAGCCAUCCUUAAAAGAAUGGUGGAAGGCUAGAGGGGGCUUCCCACUUGAGUCUCUCUCCUGUUGCACUUCUACUUAGGAUUGCAAACUUCAUAUUUUGAUAGCUCAUCUAGGAUAUCAUGUAUGGUGUCAGCAUGGUAAUUAAAUGUUGUUAUUGAAAGCUGUCCUUCAAGUGCAUUGCCAAAACAAGUCUUUGUACUUCCUGUUAAUUAAAUAGUUCACUGAUUUUAAAGUAUUUUUCAAUAUCUUGCAGUUUUCUUUCAGUUUACAGUGUGAUGUGUAUAAGUGUGGUAUUCCUUCUACUUCAGAUCUCAGUUUAGAAUUAUUUCUUUCAAGAAACAGGACCAAAAAUGUUUUAACCAUUUAAAGCCAAUUUUUAUUUUCUUAUAGAGUCUUUGUUUUUUCUCUUAGCCAUUGUGAUUUUUGUGUGAGGUUUUGUCUGUGUUUUGUGGCUACCGAUUGUCUUUCUCCAGAUGAUUCUAAGCUACACUGUGUUUCUCUUCGUAGAAUGCAGUUUGCUUAGUUACUUAGAUAAUUGUAUCCAGUUUGCUACUUGUGGUGUAUUAAGUGAAAUCUGAGUGUUUAAACCUGUUCUAUUACUGGUUGUUAUCCUGUUUUUCCCUGAGUCUUUAAAUACAUGUAUUUGAUGAAGUGCACUGGACUGCUUGCAGAAUGCAGGCCCAGUUUCAAGGUUCUCUCUUCAAAUACACUGUUUUAUAGUGGAUGGCUCUGAAUACUCCUCUGGGAUGUACUUCGACUUUAAUAUUUCCUUGUUCCUUUUGUAGGUUUCUUUUUCUGUUCUCUUUUACUCCCAUAUGCAGCACUGACAGUUGCAGAUUACCAUAUUAUUUUAUAACAGAAGCCUGGUUUAAACUUUAUUUACUCAUAGGAAAUCCUGCUAUUAAGUUAUUACAAGGCAGAGCUAACAAGAUAGAGCCUGAAAAGUGUCCUCCUGUCAUUAUGUUGUUAAAAUAAUUUUUGGCAUCAGUGGAUAGAUUUCCCCUUGAAUAAAGAAUGAAAUUCUGUGAAAUAAAAAACUUUCCUAAACAACA